AUGUCGGACAUAGAAACUAGAUUGGAGGGUAUGCUCUUCGACUUCCAAACUACAUACAAAACCGAUUACCGUAGGGGUCAGAUUCGAGCCCCAGUCUUAACAAAAUAUGAGGAGAAGCCUAAAUGCCUACGAAUAAGGCCUCCGCCUUUGAAAGACAUCCACACACUGACUGCUUGGAGAAGUACGCCAGUCCCUUUUAGCUUAUGGCAUAAACCAAAUCCUAUUCUUCAUAAGGACCCCAAUAAAGUUCAGAAGCCUUAUGUAAAACAAGAAGACACAGAGCUAGCCCAAGUAAUAAAGACCCGUCCCCGCGUGGUGAUGACUCCAGCAGUCAGCGUGGAUGACAUCGAGGAUCCCAAGGCGAGGGCGAUUCUCUGCGACGCCAUGUAUACCAGCACUGUCGCCAAAAUGAAUAGGGAGGCAGUUUCUGAUUACGUUAAUAUGAAAGCACCACUAAGUCCACUACCUGUACCAGCUAAUCCGGUGACACUGCCACGCCUUCGACCUCCGUACGUGUCUCCGGAGUGGAGGAUGGAGACAGUAUCCUGGGACAGACAACAGCUGAGGAGCUACUGUGACCCUACUAAGCAGUUCUGGCUCCGGCAGAAAUCAUUUCCAUGCCGUCCUUGUGAGGAGACAGCAAUAGUAGAAGCACACCGCAAACUCCAGAAUCAGUUGGACUGGGCUAAGCGCAAAUGA